AUGACUCAGCGCCUCGGAAUCGUUGACUUUUCCAAUAUAGACGUCAAGUCUCCUCAGGAGCUUGUGGAGGAAGAGUCCAAUUGCAAGACUCGCAAGCCGGUUAAGGUCCAGGACGCUAAGAAACCGCGACCUGGGGACCAGGGACUCCGCAUUGCAAAUUGCGAGCUCAACACGCUAUCUGGGAUCACUACCCUUGUCGACGCUGCAAUAUGGUAUCCGGAGCGGCUGUGCAUGAUGGAUCUAUCCUGCAAUAAAAUCACCACCGUUACUGAAUUGGCGAAUUUCCCAAACUUACGCAUUUUAUAUCUACAGGGGAAUCGUAUCCAGGACGUCAGGGAUCUAGCUCCCCUGUCGUCACUUUCUCUCUUAACAUCCUUGACAAUUCACGGAAAUCCACUAGUUGCACAGAAGAACUUUCGACCAUGGAUCGUCCACAAUCUCCCUCAGAUCACCAAGCUGGAUAACAUCCCUGUAACUGCUCGUGAGCGGAGAGACGCCGAGCAGCUUGUAAAGCUGGGGGCUGUUAGUUUAGUGCGAGAUAACAAUCUCAAUGUCUAG